CUCACGGGCACCCCGCGGCGGAGGUAAGGCUGGGGGUGGCCGGCUGCCCGCUCGCGGCGUAGGAUGCACAGUGGAAGGGCAGUUGUGAAAGACCCAGAAGGGUUUUGGCUCAAGGUUCGUGGUCCUCCCCAGCCGCUUGUACUGGCACAUCCUUUUGCCAUGAAGGCAUUCCCCUGGAUAAAGCAUCAGGACCUUCUCCAGGGGGUUGUAUUUGCACCUUGCCCAAUGCUUUUUGAACCACCCUGAUGUGAGCCAAGGCAGCUGAAAAGGAUUUUGGCUGCGCCGGUGCCAGGGGGUUCUCGAGAGAUCCCUGUUCCCUGUGUCUCUGGGUGGGACAGGAGGGAUGCGAUGCCCUUGGGGGUGUCAGGCCUGCCUGGCCUCAGCUCGCUGGCAGCAUGGCGGGUGGGUUAGAGCUGGGGUGCCCCCAUGCAUAUUUUGACUCUGUGAAGUGGAAAAGGAGCAGUGACAUUACCCACACUGGAGCAAAUGCUGGGAAAUGAGAGUUCCAGGUCUGGGUAGCCUCGGGGAAAGCAGGGACUGCAAACUGUGGAGGAUAAACUCAGCUCCAGAGGUGAGACCAGACACCCCCCGAGCAGGUGGAGAAGAGGACUGUAAAGAGCAGGAGGGAUAUUUGCAUUAUUUAAUAUACAGUAAAUAAUGGGAGAUGUUUUACAGCCAAUAAUAAGUGCGAGAUUUCCUCUUUAACACUGUAAUAUGUCUGCUGUCUUCUCUUAAUUCUCUCAAAACAACAUUUCUAAGCUUUAAUAGAAAGGUUUACCUGUUCCUGUGCAGAGUAUGGAUAAAUAUUUCCCAGGACCACUUUUUUUUUGAGUACCUCCUGAACAGUUCUGGUUUUGUUGCUGUUCCUCAACAAAUGCGUUAUGGGAUCUGGUGAUGUACGAGAGAAGAGGUGACUGGAAAGGUAGAAAUAAGCUUUCACAAAUGCGUGUUUGUGCUGUUGUGGCCAGGAGGAAUUCUCUGCUCUUGUGAGAAGAUCAAAUGAACUCUUGGGUGCUCAGAGGCCAAACUCUGGGGGUAGCAGGACUGCACUGGGCCUGAGCAAGAAGUAGGGCUGGGAACUGAUGUUAUCGUGGAGUGGGGAUCAAGGAGAUGGUGCUGGAGGGGAGUGCUUGGGGUCAAGCCCCGCAUCCAUCAGAGGGAAGGGAAUAACGAUGGCAGAAAUAGGCGGUGAGCCUGAGGCACACAGGGCUGGGUUCUGACUUCAUUUGUCUCUAAAAAGCACUUUCUGAGUCACUGCUUGGAAGUGAGGUUUGACAUCUCCCCGCCUGGGACCUGUGGGUAUGCAGAGGUGCCCCUCCUGUUGUGUAUCUUUCCCAUGCUUGUGGAUUCCAGUCCCGGAUUCAGCAUCUUAAAUAAACGAUCCUGAAGCCUGCCUUGCCCUUCCCGGGUAAUAAAUGCUCAACAGAUGUAGCCAGGACCAGUUGUUCCCAGAUGCCUGGCAGGAGGGGAAGUGAAGCAGUGCUGCUCUGGGAACAGGUGGUUUAGCACUUGGAAGUUAUUUCUAGAGCUGCCUUGCGUUGUUCUGGAGCAUCUGAGCUUUGCUGAGGUCUGACACGAAUGCGAGCAGUGGAGAGGCUGUGCAGGCGCUUGGGCUGAUGCUCAGGGCUGCCCUGUGGUGUCCAGGGCUGAGGCUGAGCAUGGGGCUGGUCUGUGAGGACCUUGUGGUGGAGCAUAGUGUGGAAGCUAGAGGAGGUGGGAUGAUGAGUAAAGUCCUCCUCACCAUGGCUGGGAGGGAGAUGGGUGUGCUGAGAAGUUGAGAAUGGGCACAUGAUUUACUCCUUUAGGUAAUCUUAGUCUCAAGGCCAGGACCAGGAGCGAAAGGCUCCAGACCAGACCAGCUCGCCCCCUUCCAGAGCACGCUCUGCAGUCUCAGGGCUGGGCUGGGAGGUCUCACUGAGAUCUUGUGCUAUGGCUUGUGCAGGGCUGUAAAUCUGAGCUAACAGAGGUCCCUGCAAAUUUCUAUAACCCAACAGAGCUAAAAAUAGUCAGGAAGCAAAACAAACUGAACAUUAUAAUUGGGUUAUUUCCUUGUGCCCUGAGAAAACGCAGCUCCCUGAACUGGCUGCAGUGGGGAGAGUUGCAUGUCCUGAACACGGCUCCUGACAGCGAUUAUCAGUGUUGCGUGAGGCUGUGUCUAAUCUCCUGCCUCCUAUUUGGGGCGAGCUGUGGUCUUGGGGCAGGAGGGGGAGAGGGGAGCCUUAUCUCUGCCUAGAUAACACCACCACAGCUUGGCUGGGAACAGCUUGAAUCUCCAAGUGCUUUGGAGAGACGCAGCAUCUCUGUGCCCAUGUCUUGGGUGCUGGAGGACAGGCUGUGCUUGUCCUUAUCUUGGCUCCUAACCCUCACUUUUUCCAACCUAUCUUGAAUUCUGCUAGAUAACCAGGCAUGUCGGACUCUGAAGAGGUCACCGAAGAAUGUGAACAGGAGCAGGAAGGUAAGAGGACAUGGAGCAUCCGCAGCUGCCGUGAGGCUGAAACUAAGACAUGAUCAGAGCGCCUUCAAUAACUGUGUCUUCUUUCCCUUCCCUCUCUCCCAUGCGCAUGUGUGCUCUGUGAAGAGGAGUACGUGGAAGAAGGUCAGGAAGAACUGGUAGAGGAGGUGGAGGAAGAGACCGAAGAAACGAAGGCAGAAGAACAGGAAGAUGAAACGAAAGCACCAGAAGAAGAUGGAGAAGGAGACCGAGAGCAGGAGCCUGGGGAAGGUGAAUCAAAGCCAAAGCCCAAGGUCUUCAUGCCAAACCUGGUGCCUCCCAAAAUCCCAGAUGGAGAGAGACUGGAUUUUGAUGACAUUCACCGCAAACGCAUGGAAAAGGACCUGAAUGAACUUCAGGCCCUCAUCGAAGCCCAUUUUGAGAGCAGGAAGAAGGAGGAAGAGGAGCUCAUCUCCCUCAAGGACAGGAUUGAACAGCGGCGAGCGGAGAGGGCAGAGCAGCAGCGGAUUCGCAGCGAGAGGGAGAAGGAGCGCCAAGCCCGCAUGGCUGAAGAAAGAGCUCGCAAAGAGGAAGAGGAGGCACGGAAGAGGGCUGAGGAGGAAGCACGGAAAAAGAAAGCGCUCUCCAACAUGCUGCAUUUUGGAGGCUACAUGCAGAAGUCAGAGAAAAAAGGUGGGAAGAAGCAAACAGAGCGGGAAAAGAAGAAGAAGAUCCUCAGUGAACGGCGGAAGCCCUUGAACAUUGACCACCUCAGUGAAGACAAGCUGAGGGAAAAGGCCAAGGAACUAUGGCAAACCAUCCGUGACCUGGAGGCUGAGAAAUUUGACCUGCAGGAAAAGUUCAAGCGACAGAAAUAUGAGAUCAACGUCCUCCGAAACCGCGUUAGUGACCACCAGAAAGUGGUCCUGCCACCAUCCAGCCACUCCCAUCCCUGCAGUGGCUCUGCCCAGCAUCCAAGGAAAGGUGCUGGAGCACCCCUCAGCUUAUGUAGGGGGUGAAAUGCCAUGAGCUGUGGGAGCUACACAGCCCCACAAGUUCAGAGGAGCCUGUCCUUGUGCCCCUGUUCCCUCCACUGGACUCGACACCCUUUGUAGGAGGGUGGAAGUGGGUGUUUAACCCCACCCUUGGGGGCUCCCGCUUCCCCGUCCCAUCCUGCCGUCUCACACGGGGGGUGCUCAGCCUGCCCUGUGUGUCAGAUAGCAGCACAUUCCACCCGCUUACACCAAAUCUUUCUUCUCUCCUGCCCUAACCCAUACCGGUACUGCAGCAAAGGGUGAGUACAGGCGUUUCCCGAGUGCUGUGUGUCUCCCGUUGCACGUGUGCUGCAUGGAUGCCAGGACUGACAUCGGCUGGCAGUGGGGCUGAGGGAGGAGGCGAAGCCAAGAACUGGCAGCCAAAGCUGUGCUGGAGUCACUUAGUCUGGCAUGUCACUUAGAAUGACAUGCCAGAAAUGCUGUCCACCGUCCACCUGAGCCGCCUCCUCCUCUCUGCUGACCCUUGCCCAGAGCUGAGCUUGCUCCCUUGAUGCUGGUUAAAGAGAGCGAUGUGCUGUGUCCUGCCUAACAGCUCCACAGCUUCUGGGUCUGGCGAGAAGGAUCCCACAGGAGUUAUCAUCCCUUCGCAACUGGGGAUUCAGCUCGCCCAAUCUUCUCUGAAGGAACUUUGGGAGGAAGAAUAAUGGGAAAGGAAUUGGGGGCCCUUAGAAACACCUGGCAGGAUGCAUGAGCUUGGUUGCACGGAGUCCCAAACCAGAUAGGCUGACUUAGCUCCCGAGUUUUUACCCAGGGCCACUAAAGACCUUCUUCCCCACAGGGCAGAGAGCAUCGGCUGGAGAUGGCCCGGUCCUCUUUGCAGGGCCUCUGACUCUCCACCAGUGGCACCUCCUGCCUUCCACGGUCACUAAUGCCUUUUUGUAAGCGCAUUUCUGCUUCUCUUCCAGGUCAAAGGGUGCCCGUGGGAAGACCAUGGUGGGCGGGCGGUGGAAAUAGAUGACUCAGAAGGCAAAGGAGGCUCAGCCAUGGAGAGGCACACAGCCUUUUGCUCGACCAGCUGUUUUCCCUACAUCGUGGAGCCUGCGCUGCACUUACCUGCGCUCCCACUACACAGAGCUCACAAAGACCUUGCUGCAGGCGCAGCUCUGUCUGGGUGGGAGACACCUCGCAAGGCGCUCUUUCUCAUCUCCGCACCCCCAGCUGAUGUUGUGUCUGUAAAUAAAGAGAACGGUGAGGGGG